GAUCCUAUGCUGUUUUUCUUGUUAAAUGAACACUAGAAUUUACAAAGCCAACAAACUGCUACAGUACAAACAAAUAGCCAUACAAAAGAUGAACAGAUGCUGGUUUGUUUACAUCUUAGGUUAAUGACGAAAUGUGGAAUGCGCCGGAAAAGAAACCCCAUUUGUUAGGGUCGUCGCGUCACUGCAAGUCAUAAACCCUGCCUAUUUGUAGAAUUUAUCUUAUUAAAAUCUGAUUUAAACCUAACCUUAACCACACUGAUAACCUUAAAUUAAGACCAAAAAGCUCGUUUUUGUUUUGACGAUACAUCUAGCUAGUGGAAACCUCAUUUGAAUGAAGGAGCAACUUGUCGGUACAGUAGCUAGCAACUGUCAUGUCUAUCCGAUUUCUUUGAAAGCUCGAGUUGAAAAAGAAUAAUCGGUCACUGUUUUCUUUUAAUGUCGAGGAGCUGGUUAUCACAGUUGUCAACUUUUACAUGUGUUCAGUUCCAGGAUUACUCGCUUGAUUGGCAAACAAAGGCUAUCUUGCAAGUUAGCUUGCUUGACACUGAUAGUACCAGCCAACGCCCGGUAGCCAACGCCCGGUAGCAACCGUCGCUGGCUAGCUGUUAGGCUUUUUCGUCUUGCACCGGGCUCAUAUUGAAAAUAUUCAGCAUACAGUAAAAAAAAAUGUCAUACGUGGACUGAUAAAGGCUACUGCUGUCAAAUGAACUGUCAGACCUCACCAUAAGUGACAGAAGGACUUGUGGUAAGUGGAGUGGAUGUCCGAGCCUCGGGUCACUGUGGGGCAAGAUGAGGCAGGGGCCGGGAGAGGGGAGAAAGAAGCUGAAUCUGCACCACUGAAUCAACCCUCCAAUGAAGCCUCCAGGCCUGGACAGCUAAGGCUGCCCUCAGGCUCUCGGCUCCCCUCUGCUGAACCGAGCCCUUCCCCGUCUGCUGAAGGAAGCGGCUUGCUGUCGUUGCCGUGGGAGAUGGUGGCUCGCAUCGCCUCGCACCUCCCAGCACAGUGUGUCAUCACGGUCCUGCCACAGGUGUGUCACGCCCUGGGAAAUGUGGGUAAGGACAGCACGGCGUGGCAGUUGCGGGCAUGCAGGCUAACCGGUCCCAGAGCCUCCUUCCCCGUGGGGCCACGGGACGGCUUCGACUGGCCCUCGGCCUGCCUGGAGAUGGAGGAGCUGAUCACUUGCUGGACGGGCCAGGGGGAGAGGGCCGCCAGGGAGGCCGAGCAGGCAGAGAGGGAGAGAGAGGUGGAGAGGGCCCAGGAGAGGGAGAGGGAUAGAGAGGCCCUGGCAGAGGAAGGGAUUGGAGAGUGGGAGGAGGUGGAAGAGGGCAGGCCCCAAGUGGAUGAGGGGAUAGAGGUAGAGGAGAUAGGUUUUCGGGUGGAGGGAGUAAUGGCGGUACCGUGGGAUGGGGAGGAGUUGAUGGAGGAGGGAGAGAUGCAGCAAGAUGGGGGAGGGGAUCUACCGAUGGGAGUUGGGGAGGGAGAGGAGAGGCAGGAGGCUGCAGCCGAGGCCAUGAUGGAGGAGGAGAGAGAUGAUGAACAAGGGGUCCUGGAGGCCAUCGAGGUGGAGGAGAGAGAUGAUGAACAAGGGGUCCUGGAGGCCAUCGAGGUGGAGGAGAGAGAUGAUGAACAAGGGGUCCUGGAGGCCAUCGAGGUGGAGGAGAGAGAUGAUGAACAAGGGGUCCUGGAGGCCAUCGAGGUGGAGGAGAGAGUGGGAGUUUUGGCGGAUAGAGACGGUCAAGAUUACAUAGCGGGCCCGAAACUGGGAGGAGAGGGAGAGAGAAACGGGUCCAGCUGCCCUCCCAGUCCUCCCCCAGCCCUGGAGCGCCUCUCCCUCCCCUCAGGGCACAUCGCUGAGGUCACCUCGGUUCUCUUGAUGGGGGGAGAGGGGGCGGUGUGUGCCUCAGGCUCCCGGGAUAGGAACGUGAACCUUUGGGACCUACGGGAGGGGGGCUCCACGGGCAGGCUGCUCCAUACACUGGGGGGCCAGGGCCUCUUCAGCACCCACAAAGGCUGGGUGUGGUGCCUGGCGGCCCGGGGACCCCUGCUGGCCUCGGGCUCCUUCGACAGCACGGUGAGGCUAUGGGACCUGGGGGCCCAAGGGGCUGAGAGGGGCCUAAUCAGGGCCCGGGCUGCCGUGCUCUGCCUGGCCCUCCCCCAGACGGACGUGCUGCUGGCCGGCACCUAUGACAAGAAGGUCAGCGUCUACGACACCAGAGUGGCGGAGCCCCUGGUGAAGAGCCUUCGUCUCCAUAAAAACGAGGUGCUGUGCCUGGUAGCAGACGAGCAGUACAUCCUAUCUGGGAGUAAAGACCGCACUGUGGUCAUCUACGACCGAAGAGCAGGGAAAACCCUGCAGAAACUACAGCUGAGCUCCUACCUGCUGUCAAUGUGCUACAGUGGCAGUGAGGUGUGGGCGGGGGACAACCGUGGCAUGCUCCAUGCCUUCUCCAUGCAGGCCGGUUCUGUCAAGCCCCUCUCCCAGUUCGACGUGGGACACACCUCGCUGGUCACCGGCAUCCACAGGUCCCCUGGGAGCCUCUACACCUGCUCCGCUGACCGCACCAUCAAGGUGCACCUCCCCUGUGCCCCUCCAAGGACGCUGUGCACACUGCACCACCAAGCAGGCGUCAAUGGGUUGAGUGUGGAGGCAGGAGUGCUGGCUAUCGCCUCAAGAGAAAUGGAGGUGUGGAGGGCCAGGAGGUGAGUGGGGCCACAAGGGCCACCACACCCACCCUAAUCUACUUACGUUCCUGAAGUGAUGCAAGAUGACUGACGUAUAAUGCUCUGUCAUUUACAUGAUCAACUUUCUCAUAUGCAGUGAGAAUGUUGAUGUGACGGACCAGUGUUCUUAGCUUUACCCCAAAAACUAUAUACAAAACAAACAUAUUUUGUGUCUGUGUGAUUCCCAUGCAUUUUUUCAAAGAAAAUAACACACAAAAAAGCUCUAGAAAAUAAUUGUAUUUUUCUCUGUGACAAUUGAAAUAGAUGCAGAAACACAAUGGAAAGAAUCAGUCAAGCCGUCCCUGACACACUGAUUGUAAUGUAUUUUGUAUAUUAAUUUAUGAGCAUGGUCGAACUGUCAUAAAUGAUGUCUAGUGGCGUGCUUAUACUCAGUACCAAACCACUUGUUUGUCAAUUCCACUGUUUGGAGUUCUUCCUCGUUGUCGUUCUCUCUUAGGGUAACUACUUUACCAACUCUUACCAUGUUACGGAAUGCUCUUUUUAUUUUUAGAUUUGAUUCUGCACUGUUGAGGAAAGCUGAUAAGUAAGCAUGUCACUGUACAGUUACACCCGCUGUAUCCUGCACACGUGACGAAUAAACUUUGAUUUGAAUCUG